GCGCUGCCCUAUAGACUUCUGACCCAACGGCUGGAGCGCACUUGGAGGGCGGGCUAAGAUCCUAAAAGAACCAUCGCCAUUGGCGGGAGCCCUCACUGAAGAAGGAUGCUAAUUGGUUUGCAGUCGGCCCUAAGCAUGAAGAAGCAGGUUGCUAGCACCCGCCUUUACUGCGGCUGAGUGUCACUGCUGACGUGGGGGCGGCUGUCCAAUCAUCUGGGUCAUCAUCAGAAAAGCUAAGUUUGCUAUACAGUAAGGAUCAGGAGAUCUGACCCUGGUUGCAGAACCAUUCCUGGUUGCAGAAUACAGGGUUGUAUUCCCACUUCAUCUUUCCAGACCAUCCUAGGAAAUACUAGGAAUCCUUGGAAGGGAAAGAAGGAACAUUGUUGGUUGGAAUAAAAACAGGGUUGAAUGAGUUCCAGAAAGCAGGCUUCUCAAACUCGUGGACAACAAUCUGCUGAAGAAGACAACUUUAAGAAACCAACUCGAAGCAAUAUGCAGAGAAGUAAGAUGAGAGGAGCUGCCUCGGGAAAGAAGUCAGCUGGUUCGCAGCCAAAGAAUCUCGAUCCAGCCCUGCCCGGAAGAUGGGGAGGUCGCUCUGCUGAGAACCCCCCUUCCGGUUCUGUGCGGAAGACCAGGAAGAACAAGCAGAAGGCUCCUGGCAACGGAGACGGAGGCAGUACCAGUGAAGUCCCCCAGCCCCCUCGGAAGAAAAGGGCACGGGCUGACCCCACUGUGGAGAGCGAGGAGGCAUUCAAGAGUAGGAUGGAGGUGAAGGUGAAGAUCCCUGAAGAAUUAAAACCGUGGCUGGUGGAGGACUGGGACUUGGUUACGAGGCAGAAGCAGUUGUUCCAGCUCCCUGCUAAAAAGAAUGUCGAUGCCAUUCUUGAGGAGUAUGCCAAUUGUAAGAAGUCGCAGGGAAAUGUUGAUAAUAAGGAGUACGCAGUUAAUGAAGUUGUAGGAGGGAUAAAAGAGUAUUUCAAUGUGAUGCUGGGCACUCAGCUGCUGUACAAGUUUGAAAGGCCUCAGUAUGCUGAGAUUCUGCUGGCUCACCCUGAUGCGCCGAUGUCGCAGAUCUAUGGGGCGCCACACCUCCUGAGAUUAUUCGUGAGAAUUGGGGCAAUGUUGGCCUAUACGCCCCUUGAUGAGAAAAGCCUGGCAUUAUUGCUGGGCUAUCUGCAUGAUUUCCUUAAGUAUCUGGCAAAGAAUUCUGCCUCUCUGUUUACUGCCAGUGAUUACAAAGUGGCUUCUGCUGACUAUCAUCGCAAAGCCCUGUGAAGGUCUACUGACCGCUCACUAUUGUCUGGUAUCUGUAAACACUUCUGUUUAGUCCUUUCAUGGUAUAAUUGAUGUUCUUUAAAACUGUCAGUGUAAAACAGGGCUUAUGUUUCAGUUUGUUUUCCUGUUCUGUUGUAGACAGAAAAUAAAAGGAGUGCCCAGCUCCUUUCCUCAUUUCAAAGUUGCUACCAGUGUAUGCAGUAAUUAGACAAAGAAGAAAUUCAGUAGACCAUUUUAUUGCCUAGUUGACAACAUUGCUUGAAUGCUGGUGGUUCUAUCCCUUUGACACUACACAGUUUUCUAAUAUGUGUUAAUGCUACGUGAUGAGAUGCCCUGGUUCCUAGUGCCAAAGGUUCAACUUAAUGUAUAUACCUGGAAACCCAUGCAUUUGUGCUUUUUUUUUUUUUAUGGUGCUUGACGUCUGUAAACAGCCCAUCCUCUGCAAGUCCAUCUUUGUUGUUCCUUAGGCAUUCAUUCUAUCUUUGCUCAAAUUGUUGAAGGAUGGUGAUUUGUUUCCUGGUUUUUGUAUUUGAGUCUAAUGCACGUUCUAACAUGAUAGAGGCAAUGCAUUAUUGUGUAGCCACAGUUUUCUGAAAAGUUGAUAUUUUAGGAAUUGUAUUUCAGAUCUUAAAUAAAACUUGUUUCUAAAUUUCAAAGCAAAAAAAAAAA